AUGACGCCGGCGUCGCGCGCGCCUCCGCCGCGGCAGCCGACGCCGUUCGCGCACGCGCACUCGACGCCGCACGCGCACUCGUCGCCACCGCCGCGAUGGCAGACGCUCCUCGAUCGACUCGCGACGGUGAACCCUCUGUCGCCGCUCCCCGCGACGUUUCCGGGGGUGGCGCACGGAGCCUCGGGUCUUGGCGUCGCGCGCGGGCCCCGCAUCGGCAUCGGCUGCGAUCCGCGAUCCAACUGUUUCGGCGCGGCGGACGAAAAAAACGCGCGCGGACGCACGCUCGCGUCGUCGAGCUCGCACCUCACGCCGCACCCCGCGGAGCUCCUCCGCGCGCAGACGCGCUCGCCCAGCGCGAAGCUCACGCCUGUUCAGACCGCGAUCGCGCUGCUGAAGAGGACGGAGGAGGAAAAGGCGACGCGUCGGCUCUCGCGCAUGGCGACGGCGACUAAAUCGAAAGAAGAAGAGAAGAAGAGAAGGAGGGACCAUAAGCCGACGACGAAGCACCACAAGGCGCAUCAUCAUCAUCAUCACGAUAAGGACAAGAAGAAGCAUCAUCGCCAUCGUAAGCAUCAUCAUCAUCAUCAUCAUCAUCAUCACGGGCACGACACGCGGGCGAGAGCCGCGGCGGCGGCGGCGGCGGCGCGAGAGAGAUCGCCGACGCCGUCGCCGACGCCGACGCCGACGCGGCCGCCGCCGCUGGGCGGCGGCGAGUCCGAUCUGCGCACGAAGCGCGACGCGGCGACGGAGCGCGCGAUCCGAAUGGAGCGCGAGUUGUCCGACGGAAGCGACGGAGGAGGAAGCGGCGCGGACGGCGACGCGCGCGCCGCGGGACGGACGGUUCCUCCGCGGCUGUCUUGGGACGACGCGGGGAUUCAAAACGAGCGCUCGGUGUUGUCCAGGAGCUUCGGGAACCUCUGCGGGCUUCUCGACGACGCGUACGGGAGCUUCCUGGAACGACCGAGCCCGACCGCGAGAGCGGCGUGA